GGGUCUAGAGAAACGGCCUCAUUCAGACCGCAUUUUCCACUAACCUCUGGGUCAAUGCAAUCUAAAGCCGCCGCCGACCUCGUGCGGCUCCAGCCAGCGGCUCGAGCAGAAGGCACCCCAAGGCCCUUUUGCGCAGGAGCCCGGCCAACGAGGAGGGUCAGCAAAGAGGAAAAACGUGUGCCGCUCUACCCCAGCGUUUCGGUGGUUUCCGGGGACGCUCUUGCUUCCUUCUCGCUGGGAGGUUGGAGGACCGGCGAGGGGUGUUAGAGGAGCCGGCGGGAGGGCAGCGCCGGACGGACUCUCCUUCCUGUAGCUCUUUGGUGCCGGGAGGCGGGCCGUGGGGUCGCCGUCCUCGCCGACGCCUUGUGGGCCGGGCGGGCUCACGUGACCCGCGCGGACUCUGGAGCGGCCAGCUGCGCUGAAGAAGCGGCGGCGGCGGAGGCAGAGGCGUCUCUUGUAGCCGGGAGGUAGCGGCCUGGGGAGCGACGGGCCGGCUGCCCUCUCGGACGGCGGCGCCGGGAGAGAAAAAUGGCGGAGGCCUCGGCGGCCGGGGCCGGCGCAGGCGCCGCUGUUGCCGCGCACCGGUUUUUCUGCCACUUUUGCAAGGGCGAGGUCAGCCCCAAACUACCGGAAUAUAUUUGUCCCAGAUGUGAAUCAGGAUUUAUUGAAGAAGUGACAGAUGAUUCCAGUUUUUUAGGUGGUGGCGGCAGUACAUCAACACAUUUUGCAGAGUUCUGGGACCAUUUGGACCCCACGAUGUUUUUCCAAGAUUUUAGACCCUUUCUAAGUAGCAGUCUACUGGACCAAGAUAAUAGAGCCAGUGAGAGGGGUCACCAAACUCACACUGACUUCUGGGGACCAAGUCGGCCUCCGCGGCUGUCAAUGACUCAGAGAUACAGAUCUCGAGGAAGUACUCGUCCUGAUAGAUCCCCAGCUUUUGAAAGAGUACUGCAGCAGAUCAUUGCAGGAUUCAUUCCUGGAUCCCCAUUUUCUUGGAGCGGGAUGCUGCACUCCAACCCUGGGGACUAUGCCUGGGGUCAGACAGGGCUUGAUGCCAUUGUAACCCAGCUUUUAGGACAACUGGAAAACACAGGGCCUCCCCCAGCAGACAAGGAAAAGAUCACAUCUCUUCCAACAGUGACAAUAACUCAGGAACAAGUUGAUAAGGGUUUAGAGUGUCCAGUAUGCAAAGAGGAUUACACAGUUGAGGAGGAAGUCCGACAGUUACCCUGCAACCACUUCUUUCACAGCAGUUGUAUUGUGCCUUGGUUAGAACUGCAUGACGCAUGUCCUGUGUGUAGGAAGAGCUUAAGUGGUGAGGACUCUACUCAGCAAACCCAGACCUCUGGGGCCUCUGCAAGCAACAGAUUUAGCAGUGAAAGCCAGCUACAUGACCGAUGGACUUUCUGAAGCUAAACACCGCAUCUGAGCCAGGGCCAUGGUAGAGCUCUUAUCACAGCUGUUAAUUGUAUCAAAACAAAAAAAUAGUAGGUGGAUUUAAGAAUCAUUUAAGAAACCCCAACCCAUAAUAUUAAUUCAAUGAGUGUUUUUCUUCUCUAAAUUUAAAGUUAGUAUCUACAGAUGGAAUUGUAUCCACAACCAAAUGCCUCUUACUCCUGAAUUUGGAGUGAUAAUUUUGUAAGUGUGAAACUUAAUUAUGUGGGUUUCUCCUGCCAGAAUAGAAUCAGUUCCAUAAAGUCUAGCUAGGGUCCUGCUAUCUCUCAUGUACGUUGUGAUGGAUGUUUCCACCUCUUUCUGCAGUCUCCACCCUACCAUUAGUGUAUUUUACAGUAAACACAGUGGGACCAGAGCCCUGGAGUCAUACUGACAUAUAAAGUCCAUCUGUUUUAAUUGUAUAAAAGCAUCUACUCUUGGCCACAUUAGCCAUGAUGUGAGAUCAGGUUAAUUCAGGAAUCUAAGACUAAUGGUUUUGUUGUUUCUUAAAUACUCAGAGAGAAAAUCAAAGAAAAAUUAUGCUGGGAAGGAGAAAGUGGCUUAUCAUUGUACUCUUCGAUUUUCUCAUUCUUAUUUUUAAAGACUACUCCAUAAGAUGCAACUUCUGCAGAACCAACAUGACAUGUCUUAGGAGUCUUAUGUUGGUAGGAAUCUGAUUCAGGUUCCUUUUUGGGAAUGAGUUGGACAGCAUACAUACACAGAAAGACAGAUGUUUGAAAUCUUUGGUUCUGAGGUUUUUUAAUGAUCCCUAACUUAUUGUAUAUCCUGGGCACCUUAAAAUAAUUUCCCUCACAGAAACAAUUACUUCAUUACUGCUUCUACAGCCAAUUAAUUGUUUUUAGUAAUUCAUUCAUUGGUCUUCAAGAAUUAAGAUUUUUUUGUUUCAUUUACAUUUUCUAAGCCCUUUAUCAUCUCUGAACCUUUCUGUUUGCUUGGUUCUGGCUAUACUUGGAGUCAAACUAAUUAUUGUGAUUGUCCCCAAACAACUUGGCCUAGGAGAGGUAGGCCUUCUUUUUUCCAGCCUAAAAAAUAUAUGCACAUGCUCUUUGGCACAUUUAAGUAUUUAAAGUUUAAUAAAUGAAGAAGAUUAAGAAAGUUAUUGAAACUUCAGAGUCUUGAAAAUAAAUGAUGGGGACAUGUAACCACUGUUGUUGUACCAAAAACAGUGACAGAGGGACACCAUUUGUGUGGUCAUAUCAACCCUUCAUAGUUUGGAAUGAUUAGAACAGGAAUGCUAUUCUUCGGUGAGGCUGUUUGCUAGGAGUCUUUGCUCAGUUUUAUUGACUGUCAAACACUAGUUUUAGGGGUGAAGGAUGGGGUUAGAGAUAAUCUUUGUACUUUGCUAGAAGACAGAGGAAUGGGGGAGGGAAGAGAGAAAGUGGGAGAGUUUAAUUUAAUUGCUGAAUUAAUAGCCUGCCUCUAAAAGUUGUGACCAUAAGGUAUGAUUCAGGUUGGGACCAGAGGGAAUAAAGGAUGUUUUCUCAUGUGCCUCUUAUGUUAUACCUCUGUAGAGAUUGUAUCUUCAGAGAAUGUGAACUAUUUAACUAUUGAAAUAUAGCCCAGAAAUACACUGAAUACCAUUGGUUUUGAAUGGGGAGGGGUGAUGAGGCUGAGGGGACAUGACAGGUAUAUUAUGAAUCUUUAAUGGCCACUACUUAGGUGGAGAAGGGCUAGGCUGAAAUUGGGGCACAGUGCACUUUUUCAGUAGAACAAUAUCAGCUGCCUCAGAAAUGUUAUGCCAGCUGGAAAUUUUAGUCUGCUUAGUAUCUGGAGAUGCCAGGGUAGGCAGAUGUAUUUUUACUUACAACUAGAGAGCUAGAAAGGAUUUGAGUAGCUUGACAGAGGGACUCAAAGUACUGGAUAGGGAUUUAACUUUUCAAUAUUCAGUAUGGCAAAUAGCGUCAGUCUAAGUUAUCUGAAAUUUUCCUCACUUUUUUUGCUCUUUUAGAUAGAAGACAUGAAUCUCUGUUUGUUGUUUCCAAAACCCCUCCUACUUAAUGAAUCUUUAAUGUUUCUUCCUAGAAUAGGAGGCAUCUUGGACUUCCAGAUUAAUUUAGGUAAGGAGUGUAUUAGAGUUCUCCAGAAAAACACAACCUAUAAGAGAUGUGUGUGUGCGUCUCUCUCUGUGUGUGUAUAAAAGAUUUAUUAUUAGGAAUUGGCUCACAUGAUUCCGGAGGCUAAGAAGUCCUAGGAUCUACAGCCAACCAACAGUUGAGCUGAUGGUGUAGUUCUAGUCCAAUUCCAAGGGUGUGAGCACUAGGAAAAUCGGUGGUAUAAGUUCCAAUCCAAAAUCCAGAAGGCUUGAGCCCCAAGACAGCCUAAUGUUUCAGUUCGAGUUCAAAGGCAGAAAAAGACUGAUGUCACGACUCAAGCUGUCAGAUGGCAGGCGACUCAAGCUGUCAGAUGGCAGGCGUUCUCUCUUGCUAGCAGGACUGUCAGACUUUUUGUUCUAUUCAGGCUUUCAGUUGAUUGGGUGAGACCCACCCAAUCUGUUUUACUCAGCCUGCUGAUUUAGAUGUUACUUUUAUCAAAAAAAUACCCUCAUGGGGAGUUCCUGUUGUGGCUCAAUGGGUUAAGAACCUGACAUGGUGUCCAUGAGGAUGUGGGUUGAAUCCAUGCCCUUGCUCAGUGGGUUAAGGAUCUGGCAUGGCCACAAGCUGUGGCAUAGGUUGCAGAAGUGGCUCAGAUCUGGUGUUGCCAUGGCUGUGGCAUAGGUCCCAGCGGCAGAUCCUUUUUGACCCCUAGCCCAGGAACUUUCAUAUGCCACAGGUGCAGCUGUAAAAGGGGGAAAAAGAAAAAGAAAAAAACACUAUCACAGAAGCAUUUAGAAUAAUAUUUGACCAAAUAUUUGGGCACUCCUUAGCUCAGUCAAGGUAACACAUAAAAUUAACCAUCACAAGGAGGAAAAACAAAAAUGAAAACAACCGAGUGAUCCUUAUCUUACUUAAGUUUUACCAAGUAGGUCUGCUUUGCUUAGAGACAUAAGUAUAAGUACUAGGGUUAAGUAGUGAAAGAAAUGUAUAUGGGAUGAGGACCAAUUUGCUUUGUGCCUCAUAUGUAUUUUUCCCUCUUUAACUAAAUUAACCUGGAAGCCUAAGAUGCCUCCCAUUCUAGGAAGAAAUACUGCACAUUCAUUGGCUUAACACCAGAACAUGGCUGGGGUUAAAAAUUUAUUUCCGGAGUUCCUGAUGGCUCAGCUGGUUAAGAAUCUGGUGUCGUCGCUGCUGUGGCAUGAGUUUGAUGCCUGGCCCAGGAACUGCGUACUGUGGGUGCAGCCCCCAAAAAUGUUUAUUUCAAGGAAUGUCUUACUCUUAAAUGUUUUAAACACAGUUUAGAUAUAGUGCCCAAGGCAGAGGGCUGCAUAACCAAGACUUUUCAGGUGUUCAUUCCUUUACAGAUGGAAAGCUUACAGGAAACUGGAACCUUGCUAGGAGUCAAGGGAGAGAUGAUUCAGCUUUCCCUCAUUAUCAAAAUGAAUAGAAAAUAGGUGUAAUUUUCAAUCUUGGGCCCUUAGACUUGAGGCUUUUACAUUUAUACUAAAUGGCCUACUCUUUGAGUUUCAUGCAGAGAUAAACAGACAUACCUUAUUCAUGAAUGUCUUUUUUUUUUUUCUUCCUUUUGUCCAGUAUAGUUUGACAUGAGAGGAAAUAAAACUAUUUUGUUACACAUAAUUAGGAGAGACUUCCUAGAGAUUGGUAGACUUGAAAUUUAUAUAGAACAACUCCUUGCUGGCCUCCAGAUGUUUAUUGCUUCUUGGGUAGUUUCCAGAUGGGUUAGCCUGGCUGGACGGAACUGGGCAGUUGAGUGGGAAGGGCAGAGUGGUGAACAUUUAACUGAUACCUCCAACAUCCUUGAGGUUUCUAAGCCAGUGAGUUGGGAGCAGAGAAGGAAUAAUCCUGGCAUUAAAAAACUAAUUUUCCCUCUAAGUUCCCAUUGCUAGUUCUCUGGAGAGUUGAGAAACCUAGAGAAUCUACAUAAAUGUGUGUGUGUGUUUAUUCAUAGACAAAUGCAUAUGUGCACAUUUCACUGUAGAGGAAGAAGGGAUGUGGUGGGCAGUGAGGUCAAAUGAGCAGGGCAACAGCAGAGGGCUGGCACUUCUCUCACUGUACAUGCCUCAGGCCCAUGUGUUUCUGCAGUUCUCUAUUACAGGGCACUGUUGGCUCAGGUAAGCCGACUGUUCUGUGGUGAGAGGCAAAGGGAUUCACUGAAGCUAGAAGUCUGGUCAUUUCUGAAGGUUGAGGAAAAAUGGCUUUGAGGAAAGAGUAUUCAUCUAUUUCUGUGUUAUAAUUAGUUGAACUCAAACAGUUAUCUGUUAUUUAAAAAUUUUUUUUCUUGGUAAAUUAUGGAUAGCAAAUUGACUUCUCACAGGACCUGCUGCACACUCAGUGUCUUCCUGGUAUCAAAGUGCCAUUUCCUCAAGGAAAAUGCAUGUAUCAAUAACAAAAGCUCAUUAGGCGGGCCAUCAUUGUUUUAAACAACAAUAAACAGCCUCUGGGGCUUGGGGAAGUGAAGAGUACUUCAGAGUUGGUUGUUAGAGCUGAUUUAGUUAGGCCACUGCCAUCUGUGAAGGAAGACAGGUGAAGGAGCUGGGCUGGUGAAUAGAUAUUUGAAUAUGAGGGAAGAACCCUCUUUGUCUCUGUAGAGAGGUGGGAAGAUGAGAGUGCUAUUUAUGAGAAUAAACCAGUAGGGAUUUGGGAGUUUGGGGUGAGUGGCAGGAGAGCGUACUCUGAGAGUUCCCAAAUGAAUUUAACAUAAGUUUAGGUUUUUUUAUUUUAUUUUAUUUUUUUAACGUAAGUUAAACGUGAGGGAGCUUAGGGAAAGAUUUGGUGGGGUAAACAUAUCACAGGUGCCUAUCCUGUGUGGGGAGGUUGUAACUUAGAGUAAUGUCAGUAUCUCAGCACUUAGGCUGGGAACCACAGGGCUGCUCCCUGGGUUGAAAAUAAAAUGUGUAGAAUACAAUGUGUACAACUGGAGAUCUUUUUCAAGAUCACAACAGGAUCAAAGUAUCUCAUCCAAAGGACAUUAUGAGGUUUUGAUAUCUCAGACCUGUCAGAAAAGUAGGAUUACAGGGACUCACUCUCAGAUUUUAUACAUAUAAACUUUGUGUUUUGCCAGAUUAUACUUAGAUGGUAUCCACAGAAAUGGAGCCUAUGUGUUGCCUUCCUUUUUCACCUGAAACACUUAUGUCUAUAAAAAUGCAAUAUAGGCUUGUGGUUCUUAACCUUUUCUUUCUUUUUAUCCUUUACCUUUUCUAAUAAGCGGUACCAUUUUUAAGAUCCCAAAGUCAGCAGACUCCAUCCCAACAAGAUUAUAGUUGUAUUUUUAGUAUCUUUUGAUGGAAAAAACACAUAACAAAAAGCUGCUACAAGCUUUUACAUCAAUUUGUCUUUAUUAGUCACACCAGGAUCUAUAUAUCCAGUUGAAGUAUAGUAUAUACGUAUUUGUAAGAUAAAUGUUAUUAAUUCAGAUUAAAGAUAAUGCUUAUACAGAUUUCUUAUAAUAACUCCAUGGCCUUACAGAGGUUCAAAUUCCUUGGGUUGUGAAUCACUCACAUAGAUUGAGGUUAAGAUGUGUGUCCAGAAAACUGCUUACUCAUGUAUAGAAAUUUAUAGUCUUAUUUGAAAUCACUGAUAUCAGUAUACCUUGAAAACCAAGAUACAAGUAUUUCAAAUUUCUGUUUAACCAAGUCUUGAGAUAAGCAGAAUAAAUAAAAUUAAUUCUUUAAAAGUGAGAUCUUCGACUUGUUGUUGCUUUGUUUAUUCUGCUUAGUUCAAGUAGGAGCUAGUAGUCUAAUGUUCUGGAAUGUCUUGAUAAACUUGGGCAGCAGUCAUAUGUCCUUUCUGCACAUUUUUUAUGUAGCCCAUAAUUAGCAUAGCACAAUGGACAAAAUCUUUUCUUUUCUUUCUUUCUUUUUUUUUUUUUUAAGGGCCACACCCGCAGCAUAUGGAAGUUCCCAGGCUAGGGGUCCAGUUAGAGCUACAGCUGCCAGUCUAUACCACAGCUCACGGCAACGCCGGAUCCUCAAUCCACUGAGUAAGGCCAGAGGUCAAACCCACAUCCUCAUGGAUCCUAGUCAAGUUUGUUAACCACUGAGCCACAAAGGGAACUCUGAAAAAACCUUGCCUAUAGUUGGGCAUGACUUGUAUGUGAAACUUCCAGUGAUUGUAAAAUAUUGAGUAGUUUCAGAAGAGUCUUUGAAUAAUAAAAAGUAAAAGCCAUCUCCAGACAUGUGAGCUGAAAAUUUAGUUAGUUAAAAAUACAAAACUAACAUAAAACAGGUAGAGAAAGAUUAAAGUGAAUGUAAUAAAGUGGAUAAAGCUUUGGAGGCUUCAGGGUCAGAAUCUGAGUGGUUCUCUGUUUAAAAUCCAGAGUCUCUUUUGAUUCUCAGAGGUGUCUAUGAAAAAGAAAAUAGAAUAGGAAAUAGCCUAUUGUACAGAUAAGUAGAUGGAAAUAGCACCUCAAAACUUCAUUUGCCCAAAGACACAUGUGUUGCAGAGCCAGAAUCUGAAUCCAGGUCUUUUGACUCUAUGUCUAGUCUUUUUACCUCCAUAAGACACAAAAUCCAGAAUCCCUAGCUUGAAGUUCAAGACCAUCACUAAUAAGGGUCUUACCCAUCUCUUUCAGCCUUCUCUCUCUCUGCUCCCACAAACUUUAGCUCCCACAUUUGGCAGGUCCUGGCCAAGGAUCACAGGUAAGGUGUCUGUUUCCUUCUAAUGGCUUGCCAUUUAGUCCUUGUUUAGUUGGCUGUGUUCCCAUCCCUUUAUUCAUGUAGUUCCCCUUAUCAGGAAUAUCCUGCCUUCACCUCCUUGCUUGACUGUGACAAGAGGUUACAUGUCCAAAGAGAGAGAUAAGAGGAUUUGUGAGUUUAGGGAGAAAAGGCUGCAGUUAUCACUUUGACAUUUAUUUAAAAAGAGAGAAAAAUGACCAAAGAGGUUGACAAGCACUUAGUAGCAGCUAGACAGGAUCUGGGGUGCAGCUGUCUGCGCUAAUCUUCCUCUUCCUCCAGCAGUGCUAUGUGGAUGCUAUUGAAUACCAAGGUCUCUUCGUUUCCUCAUUUUCUGCCAAGUCAGUUACUGGAUCUGGUGCUCUUCUCCUAGCCUGCCUAUCUUUGCUUGCUUCCUCUCUCUUCCCUAAACAGUAUCAAAUAAAAAUUUCUUCCAAGAAAAA